GAGUUGUUGGUUAAUCGCAGGGGGAAAUUAAUAUCCACCAAUUCUUUACUGGCUAUACAGCAGGUCGCAUGGAUUGGCUUGGUUGGCCCCAGAUAUUGAAAUUAAAAGAUUGGCCUCCUUCUAAUUUAUUUGAGGAACAAUUGCCUCGUCAUUGUGCUGAGUUCUUAUGUAACUUGCCCUUCAAGGAAUAUACUGAUCCUCUCAGAGGUGCUCUUAACCUUGCUGUGAAGUUGCCAAAUGAUUGUCUAAAGCCAGACAUGGGGCCUAAGACAUAUAUUGCUUAUGGAUAUCCUCAGGAGCUUGGGCGUGGUGAUUCAGUGACUAAGCUCCACUGUGAUAUGUCGGAUGCAGUAAAUGUGUUGACUCAUAUUGCUGAAGUGGAAUUGGAUUCUAAUAAACUUGCUGCAAUUGAGAGUUUGAAACAAAAGCACUUUGAGCAAGACAAAAGGGAGCUACAUGGUGAUGAUCAGGAUGGAGAAACUAAUUUUGACAUGCUUAAUAAUUCAUCUUCUAUCAUAAAUGUUCUGGACAAGCAAAAUAGUGUUCAAGUUAUGGAACAUGAAGGUGGAUUAUGUGAUGGGAAAGAAGUUGAUCAGUUUCAUCAACCCUCUGGUAGUAAUGAGGUUGCCAUUGAUAAUGAGGAUACUCUUUCAUGUGGAUCAGAGCUCAAGGGGGCUGACAAAGUAAAAAUAAAACAAGAAAAUGACUUGUUUGGAGGGGAUGCUUCUGAAGGUGCUCUCUGGGAUAUUUUUCGGAUGCAGGAUGUACCUAAAUUGCAAGAAUAUCUGAAGAAGCAUUUCAGAGAGUUCAGGCAUGUCUAUUAUUGUCCUUUAAAGCAGGUUAUUCACCCCAUCCAUGACCAGACAUUCUAUCUGACUAUGGAGCAUAAGAGGAAGCUUAAGGAGGAGUAUGGAAUUGAGCCCUGGACUUUUAUUCAGAAGGUAGGAGAUGCUGUUUUUAUUCCAGCUGGUUGUCCUCACCAAGUCAGAAAUCUGAAGGUAAAUGGUUUAUUGUAGGUAUGAUGUAUCCAUGU